GCAACAUUUCUAGCGUUGCACAUUUCUGAAGAAAGAGUUCGAAAUUCUGUAAAAACAGAAAGCCAUGGAUUCCCUUCAACCUUUGCCUAUGGCCCUCUUCUUCAUCAUCCCUUUACUCUUUUUAUUAGGCCUCAUCUCUCGUCUCCGACGAAAACCGUUCCCGCCGGGGCCUAAGGGGCUUCCUAUCAUAGGCAACAUGCUCAGGAUGGGCCAGCUAACUCACCGUGGCCUAGCCAAACUCGCUGAGAAAUACGGUGGCUUGUUCCACCUCCGCAUGGGGUUCGUCCACAUGAUGGCCGUUUCCAGUCCGGAAAUAGCUCAACAGGUGUUACAAGUUCAAGACAACAUUUUCUCAAACAGACCAGCCAGCAUAGCCAUCAGCUACCUUACUUAUAAUAGAGCUGAUAUGGCCUUCGCCCACUACGGCCCCUUCUGGAGACAGAUGCGGAAGAUCUGUGUAAUGAAGCUUUUCAGCCGGAAAAGGGCCGAAUCGUGGGAGUCCGUGAGGGAUGAAGUCGACAUCACAGUUAGGUCCGUCGCAGCCAACGCCGGAAACUCCAUAAACAUCGGCGAGUUGAUAUUUAACCUUACCAAAAACAUCAUUUACCGAGCGGCUUUCGGUUCCAGCUCCCACGAGGGCCAAGAAGAGUUCAUCAGCAUCUUACAGGAGUUCUCCAAACUCUUCGGUGCAUUCAACAUAGCAGAUUUUAUCCCAUUUCUAGGCUGGGCAGACCCACAAGGGCUCAACCACCGGCUUGUGGCUGCUCGCCACGCCCUGGACAGGUUCAUCGAUACCAUCCUCGACGACCACAUACAGAAGAGGAAUAAAUACAAUGGUCCUGACGAUGAUGGUAACACCGAUAUGGUAGAUGAAUUGCUGGCCUUUUAUAGCGAAGAAGCCAAAGUAAACGAAUCAGACGAUCUACAGAACUCAAUCAAACUAACCAAAGAUAACAUCAAGGCUAUUAUCAUGGAUGUUAUGUUUGGUGGGACGGAAACGGUGGCGUCAGCAGUAGAGUGGGCCUUGGCGGAGCUGAUGAGAAGCCCAGAGGACCUAAAGAGGGUCCAGCAAGAACUGGCCGAAGUGGUGGGCUUGGACCGCCGCGUCGAAGAGUCCGAUUUCGAAAAACUGACAUUCUUCAAGUGUACGAUCAAAGAGACCCUCAGGCUCCACCCACCGAUUCCGCUGCUCCUCCACGAGACGGCGGAGGACGCGGAGGUUGGAGGCUACUACAUCCCCGCCAGGUCGCGCGUGAUGAUCAACGCCUGGGCAAUCGGCCGGGACAAGAACUCAUGGGAGGAUCCCGACACCUUCAAGCCGUCGAGGUUCUUGAAAGAAGGCGUGCCGGAUUUUAAAGGGAGCAACUUCGAGUUCAUUCCAUUCGGUUCGGGGCGGAGGUCAUGUCCCGGUAUGCAACUCGGGUUGUACGCACUUGAACUGGCGGUGGCUCACUUGCUUCAUUGUUUCACGUGGCAGUUGCCGGACGGAAUGAAACCAAGCGAACUCGACAUGAACGACGUGUUCGGACUCACGGCGCCGCGGGCGACUAGGCUUUUUGCGGUUCCAAGUAAGCGCCUGAUUUGUCCGUAUUGAGGGAAGGAUGAAUAACUGAAGGAGAAGGAUCAAGAAAAGGAGAUUUUGGAUUCUAUCAGUUGUUGUAGACUACACUUUUUAUUCACAGUUCCUAAAUUAACUUCACUUUUUUUUUUUUUUUUACUAUCGCAUGAUAAAUAAUCAAGUAUUGUGAGAAAAGAAAAGAUAUUUUAUUUG